GUUGCCGACCGGCCCAAAAGAGGCGUCCGUUCUGGCGUAUAAGAAGGCCAGAAAUGUAACCGUUGGGCUCGGGUCAUUUUGAACCGCACCGUGGCAUUUGGUCUCUUUCGGCCGCCUCCCCCUUCUCUUCUCCAAUUUCCCACCCCCAAACGACGAACUCCCGCCGCCGCCGGCCGCUCCCACGGCGAGCUAGCCCGCCCGAAUUGCCGUACCUCGCCAGAUCCGAGACCGCACGGGCUUCCGGACCUCGGUUCGCCGUGCUUGGAGCUGAGAAUGGUUGAGGGGAAAAGUGUUCAAGUUGACCUUGAGAAAGGACUUAAUCAAAUGCCUAAUGAUAGUAAUCCAACUAGCCCUGCAACCAUUCAGAAGAUGAAACCUGAUAUGGAAGAUUCUGGGAGCAAAAUUGAAUCACCAACUCUGGAGAAGCUUGAGUCUGGAAGGGAGGAGAUUGUUGUCAGCUCAUUGGCAACUAAUUUACUUUCGGAGAGGUACAAGGACAGAUUAGCUGAGAAGCUGUUGGGAAAUGAGGAUGAAACAGACGAUGAAGAUGAUAAUGACAUUGCUUUGCCUGAUGGCAGCCAAUCUCCAGCUUCAAAUGAACUUCUUGAGAAGCACAAGAAUUUGCUUAAUCUUUUCAACCGGAUGGAGAGUUCUAUAAGGUUGCUGUGCCUGAGGAAGAAGAUGCCUACAUUUACGAACAUUGCAACCCAGGUGGAAGUACUAACGAAGAGAAAGUUCUUGUACUCUCAUUUGGCCCAGAUGAAGCAUUUAUUCCCAGAAGCAAUCCAGAUAAAUAGGAUACUCUUGCAUGAUCAGAAAAGCCUAUGCAUGUAUGCUGACAUGGAAAUUACACUUCUAAACGACGUUGUGGAAUGUAAUAAUCCUCAAGAGUCUCCAGCGAUGGCAAUUUGUGAGGCUUUUCGCUCAAAGCUUUUGUGCUUCUUGGGAUCUCAUCAUAAGGGUAUAGAUGUUCCUGAGGCCACAUUACCAGAACCCUUUAAUUCAAGGGAGGAGCUAUAUCUUGAUGCACUGCAUAAUGACAACUCUGUUGAUGGAGUUCUUGAAUUUUCCUCUGAAAAUGGAUUUUCAAAUGCUUCUCACUUCCCACAAUCUUUUCAAAAACUCAUGUCCCAGAAGAGUAUUGCUAAAGUUACUGAGAAGACUCGACUACUUUCUGAUCCAGUAGAAGUGACCUCCCUGGGUGCUGAUGAUACAGGAGGUCCAGAUAGAAGCUCUAACAAGCAUGUCUCGGUUCCACUCAAUACCAAUAUUUCUGAUACUCCAAACCGCCAUUCGAUCUCUUUCUGUGAAAACAGUACACCAAAGCAAGGCAUCUCAAAUUCACCUUCGAUGGCCGAAACGCCGGCAAUGCAGACACCAAAAAGGCCAUUGCCCACUCCAGUUGCGAAACAUGAAACCUCAAGUAGACAUGGCUCUGAAGCACGAUCUAACAAUUCAGCUCGCAGAUCACUAAUAAUGUUCUCACCAUCAAAGUUUAAUGAAAGCCCUUCUGCCACUGAUGCUGACACAUCAAAACUUGACAAGGAUGGGGUGUCCUCUAUCACAGAACCUGAGGUUACAACUGGAAAAUGCCUUUUCCCAGAAGAAACAGUUACUUUUACUGACCUAUUGUUGGAAAAUGAUAACAAAACCGUUCAAGUAUCCUCAACGAAUUCCCAGGAAAAGCUAGAUUCUUUACGUGUCACAUUCGACGUAGUCUGUGGUAUCUCUGGAUCUACCAAGAAUUCACUAAUCACUAAACAGGAACUCUUUCACAAUAUUCUUGCUAAUAACUUGGAGAUAGAAGAGACAGGAGAGAUAGAAGAGCAGUUGCAUAUCUUAGAGGAUCUGUCUCCUGAUUGGAUAUCUAAGGAGCUACGUGGUGGAGAAAUUCUUUACAGCUUCAAGCAAAUAUCAGAUCAGAAGUCAGUUCGGGAAAGACUCACAGAAGUCAUUUGAGAUGAGACAAUCUGUGCAAAGCCGAAGAACCUAAAGCUGUAUGUACUGAUUUCUCGGGAUUUGACCAGCGUGGAAUCAUCUGGAUUGCACAUCUAGUGCUUUACUGAAAUACUAAGCAUCAACAAGCGCGGAUAAAUUCUUCAUGCUUUUGCCUGGCCCCUGAUUUAGCUGCUCCAUUUGUUGAUUUUAUGCUUAAUGCUGGAAUUGAACUGAGUUGUAACGUGAGUUGAAUUUGCAUCAUGUAGCAUUGAACUCUUCUUUCUUACCAUUUGCUGAAUGCUGUAACUUAGAUGCAACCGUGCAAGAGAAAUUCGACUAAAUGUUUUCUAUGGUGUUAACUGGCAAUGUCUGUGAACACUUUAAGUUACUCCUACAAAUGUGAAUGAUGUGUUUGCUGUA